CCGUGACUGAACUCUCUCACUCUCUAUAGCCUACUCUCACCUUGUCAGGGGAAAACCACUCUCAUCAGGCAUUAGCAAUGGCUAGCAAGGUGAUGACGGCCGUGACAGCAGACUCGCAGCUCGAGCCGUGGUGCGACCUGCGAGGCAAAGUGGUCCUCGUCACGGGCGCAUCUUCAGGGCUGGGCCGAGAGUUCGCUCUCGACCUAGCCAGAGCUGGAUGCAGGGUAGUGGCUGCUGCUAGACGCGUCGACCGCUUGCAGUCUCUGUGCGACGAGAUCAAUGUGCAGACCAUCGCUAGCGAUGGUCUGCAUCGUCGCGCUGUGGCUGUGGAGAUGGAUGUUUCGACGGACGGUGGGGCCAUCGACGCUGCGGUGCAGAGGGCUUGGGAGGCGUUUGGGAGGGUGGAUGCAUUGAUCAACAAUGCAGGGGUGAGAGGUAGCAUUAAGAACCCAUUAGAGUAUUCUGAAGAGGAAUGGAACCACGAGGUGAAGACGAAUACGACGGGGACUUGGUUGGUUUCGAAAUCAGUCGGCAAGCGAAUGCGUGAUGCCGGGGUCGGAGGUUGCAUAAUCAACAUCGCUUCGAUCGCCGGUCACCCUCGUGGUCAAGUGGCGGUCGGUAAUGUUGGUUAUAUUACUUCCAAAGCGGGAGUAAAUGCACUGACAGCGGUAGCGAUGGCUCGGGAGUUGGGGGUGUACAGGAUCAGGGUCAAUUCUAUAUCACCUGGAAUUUUCCAGUCCGAGAUCACGAAAGGCCUGAUGCAGAAAGACUGGCUGAAGCAGGCCGGCAAGAGAACACUCCCUCUACAAACAUAUGGAACUGUAGAUCCAGCACUGACAUCGAUCAUCCGAUACCUCAUUCAUGAUUCGUCGCAGUAUGUGACGGGCAAUAUGUUCCUCGUGGAUGCCGGAGCCACCAUACCAGGCGUCCCUAUUUUCUCUUCACUUUGAAGAAAAGCUUGUACUGGAAAAUCAUAUCAAUGUUAUCAUGUAGUAGAC